AUGCACCACCAAGACAAGUUUUUCCUAGAUACUGCGAGUAGAGGGUCAUUGACCAAAAACAAGACUGCUGCAGAAGCAUGGGAAGUUAUAUCGGAUCUAGUAGACUCAACUCAAUACUCAAGGGCAAGGAGUCCACAACCAAAAGCCUUGAGUGAGGUCUCUCCCUCCAGAGAUGCAAUUUUGACUAAGACCCUCAGUGAGAUGACGAUUUUGUUGAGGCAAAUCACCCAAGGGCAACAAAUCCCUCAAGCUUUGAUAAAUGCUCCACCUAAACCUCCACGGAUUGAAGGACCAUUAAGGAUAUGUGGUGUUUGUGCUUGUACUACUCAUUACACCGAUGAGUGCCCUCAAAUCCAAGAGGACACUACAUUGGCAGUUGCUAACCCUUACCCGCAAAGACCCAAUUACAACGAAGUGUCCUACCCACAUGGAGGUAAUCAAAGCCAAGGGUGGAGAGAUAACUCAAACCAAAGGUGGAACCAAGCUCCCCAAGCUCAACCCAACCAAAAUGCUCAAGUCUACUACCAUCAACACCCCCAAGGUCAACCACAAUACCAACAACCCCCUCAACUUCAGUCUCAAGUGAAGUAUCAACAUCCAAACAGUCGAUCCAAUCCUUCUCAAAUUAACCAAGCCCUUUCCUCCAAUCAAUCCCACAUGAAUGACACAAUUCACACCUUCAUGCAAGAGCAAAGAGAGUUCCAUAAGAAACAAGAUGCUUACAUGGCUACAAUAGCCGAAGCCCUUACCCAUUUAACGCUCCCUCCUCAAGCCGCACAAAGCACCCAACAAGCUUCAACCUCAAGUAGUUUGCCCUCUCAACCCCAACCCAACCCUAAGGGGAGCAUAAAUGCCAUUACCCUUAGAAGUGGUACCAAAUUGGAUAAGAAUGUUGCUAUACCCACAAGGUUGAGUGAGGAAAUAAACAAUGAGGAGGUAGGAGACGAAGUGGAGGUGAUGAGGGAUGAAAAAGAAAAUGUUGACAAAAGUGAGGAAGAACCACCAAAGGUCAAGGAGCCAAAGAGAAAGACCUUGCUUGAAGAGCCUUUGCCCAUUCCAUUACCAACUUUAGUUAAGAAAGCAAAGAAGCAAGAUGAUCUUGACCCCACUGUGGUGGAAGUUUUUGAGAAAAUUGAAGUUACCGUCCCUCUCUUUCAAGCCAUUCAACAAGUGCCGAAAUAUGCCAAGUUCCUCAAGGAUGUUUUCACUCACAAAGACAAACUUGGCAACCUCAACAAAAAGUCGGUAAAUGACUCUAUCUCUUCUUUACUUCCUGAAAAAUGCAAUGAUCCCGGCCCAUGUUUGGUGACUUGUUUGAUUGGUGGGAUUAAGUUUAUGGACUGUAUGUGUGAUUUGAGGGCAUGUGUAAGCAUCAUGCCACUCCCCAUCUAUGAAAGAUUGAACUUAUCUCCCCUAAAGAGGUCCAGGGCAAGGUUUGUGUUAGCCGACAAGAGUAUUGCGUUAGUUGUGGGGAUUGCAGAGAAUGUCAUAGUUAAUAUUCAAUGA